ACAGGGAUCCCAUGACUUUACGGUAUUUUAAAGAUGGCGGACGAUGCAGAAAAAAACCUUGCAAAGAACUUUAAUGUACUUGUUGGUGUUACGGGUAGUGUUGCAGCUAUCAAAUUGCAGAAAUUAGUCAAUGAGCUUUUAUCAUUUUCUAAUCCAAAGAUAGCUUUAAAGAUUGUCGCCACUGAGAAUUCCAUGCAUUUCUUCAACAUUGACGACAUUCCAAUAAAAGUAUAUAGAGAUCAAGAUGAGUGGCAGACAUGGAGCAGUCUCUCAGACCCUGUACUUCACAUUGAGUUGCGUCGAUGGGCUGACAUGAUGGUCAUUGCACCACUUGAUGCCAACACAAUGGCUAAACUUGCAAAUGGAAUCUGUGACAACCUCUUAACAUGUAUAGUCCGUGCUUGGGAUACAAAGAAGACAUUACUAUUCUGCCCAGCAAUGAACACUUAUAUGUGGGAACACCCCCUCACAUCGGAACACAUAGAAAGACUGUGCAGACUGGGAUAUGUCCAGAUUUUCCCAAUCAGCAAGAAGUUGGCAUGUGGAGAUGUUGGAGUUGGUGCAAUGGCAGAGGUUGAAACUAUUGUUUCCACAGUAUUGAAACAUUUAAAUAAAUAGAAAAAAAUAUAUCGGGACUGUAUAUAAAAUACUGUUGAAUAAUGUAUUUACAUAAUGUUGAAUAAUGUAUUUACAAGCAUUUCAAGAAUGAUAACAGUUCUACACCCAUUUUGUACAAUUUUCUAACAUGUAAAUAGGAAGUGCAUUGCUUUGAAUAUAGUUUCAAUUAUACAGCACAGCCUUUGGAAAACAUCCUUUCAAUGGACUUGAAUAUUCAAAAGAAUGUAAAUAUGUACAAGAGAAUAUUGCCGUUGAAUGAUCGAUAUAAAUGUUAUUUGUCUCUG